UGAUUAAAUUUCAAAUGUCCUGGUUUUCUACAGUGACACCUGUGUAUAAUUGGGGAGGGAUAAGUUUCAGAUGGUUCACAGUCUUUUUUGAACGAAUAACUAGUGAGCAGGAGUUUAUAUGGUUUACAUUAUUUCAUUAAGAAGCCAAAUUUCUCAAGCUGGCAAGAUGGCCAGCUCACUUUACUGAGUAAGGUACCUGCUGCCAAGUCUGAGUCGAGUCCCCAGGACUCAGCCAGUCCUGUGCUUUGGCACUUGCAUGUGUGUACACUCCAGAUGUCUUUAUGAAGGCACCUGUGCAUACACAAAUCCAAUACUGUUGGCUUAUGUAAAGGCUGGUUGACAGGUCUUGGUUGUGAGUGACCUUAUGAACCUUUGGUGAUGUUCAGCCCUGAAAAGUCAAACUCUCCUCCACCUUUCUCACAUGACAAGCCAAAUCCAAAUUGCAAUUUUAAGUACUUGUAAUACCAUGUUUCGUUUCCUUUUCUUUUUUGCUCAUGUUCUGAACAACUUGAAAUAUUUUCUUGAAAGUUGUGUUCUCCCCAAUAUUAGAACAGAAUAUGAGCUAUAAGAAACUUUGUCUCCAACAGAAUGCUGUUUAUGGUGUUAGGUGAGGCAUUUUGUCUGUGUAUCUAACAUUUCUAUAAGAGUAUGGCUGUCAGUUUUUCAGAUUAUCACCUCCCCUCUCCUGCUUGUGGUUAAGAACUUGAAGCAAGAUGAACUUGCUGGUGGCAGUAUGGGACAAUGAGGGUUCACACAUACACAGUUAGUUCCCUGAUGCCAGCCGUUCGAAGACAAGUGUUCCAUAUUUGGUCCUUUGGUUCCGUCUAUGUCGUAAUGGACUUUAAUGGUGUUGAUCUCUUCUGUGCUUAGAAUGAGGUGCUUUUGGCCAUUUGUGGAAACUUGCCUAUAAUUCAUUUUCCUCACUGCAGUAUUGAGAGUUAUACCAAAUUGAAAAGAUAUGAAUGAAUAUCCUAAAAAAAGAAAAAGGAAGACUUUACACCCUUCUCGCUAUUCAGAUUCUUCCGGGAUAAGCAGAAUUGCAGAUGGGGUCAGUGGAAUUUUUUCUGAUCAUUGUUACAGUGUCUGUUCUAUGAGACAGCCAGACUUAAAAUAUUUUGACAACAAAGAUGAUGAUUCUGAUCCUGAGACAGCAAAUGACUUGCCAAAAUUUACAGAUGGAACCAAGGCCAGAAACAGGAAUCAGAACUACCUGGUUCCCAGCCCUGUGCUUAGGAUUCUAGACCACACGGUCUUUUCCACAGAAAAGUCUGCUGAUGUUGAGAUCUGUGAUGAAGAGUGUGCCUCACCUGAGUCCGUGCAUCAGCAUCCUCCAGAGGAGAGCCCUAUAGAGGUUCAUACCUCAGAAGAUGUCCCAAUUGCUGUAGAAGUUCAUGCGAUUUCUGAAGAUUAUGAUAUAGAGGCAGAGAACAAUUCCUCUGAGAGCCUCCAAGAUCAGACUGAUGAAGAACCACCAGCUAAACUCUGUAAAAUACUUGACAAGAGCCAAGCUUUGAAUGUGACUGCCCAACAGAAGUGGCCUUUACUGCGAGCCAACAGCAGUGGCCUCUACAAGUGUGAACUCUGUGAAUUCAACAGUAAGUAUUUUUCUGAUCUAAAGCAACAUGUGAUCCUGAAACACAAGCGCACUGAUUCGAAUGUGUGUCGGGUGUGUAAGGAAAGCUUCUCCACCAAUAUGCUUCUCAUUGAGCACGCCAAACUGCAUGAAGAAGAUCCCUACAUCUGUAAGUACUGUGACUACAAGACCGUGAUCUUUGAGAACCUCAGCCAGCACAUUGCAGACACCCACUUCAGUGACCACCUUUACUGGUGUGAGCAGUGUGAUGUGCAGUUCUCCUCAAGCAGUGAGCUCUACCUGCACUUCCAGGAGCACAGCCGUGAUGAGCAGUACCUGUGCCAGUUCUGUGAGCAUGAGACAGGUGACCCUGAGGACUUGCACAGCCAUGUCGUCAAUGAGCAUGCUCGCAGACUGAUCGAGCUGAGUGACAAGUGCGGCAGUGGUAGCCAUGGGCAGUGCAGCCUUUUAAGCAAGAUCACCUUUGACAAAUGCAAAAAUUUCUUUGUGUGUCAAGUAUGUGGCUUUCGGAGUAGACUUCACACAAACGUCAACAGACAUGUGGCUAUCGAGCAUACUAAAAUAUUCCCUCAUGUUUGUGAUGACUGUGGGAAGGGCUUUUCCAGCAUGUUGGAAUAUUGUAAGCAUCUAAAUUCACAUCUAUCUGAAGGGAUUUAUUUAUGCCAAUAUUGUGAAUAUUCAACAGGACAAAUUGAAGAUCUUAAGAUUCAUCUAGAUUUCAAGCAUUCAGCUGACUUGCCUCAUAAAUGUAGUGACUGCUUGAUGAGGUUUGGGAACGAAAGGGAAUUGAUCAGUCACCUUCCAGUCCACGAGACUACCUGACUGUUAUCUUUAUAUAAUGUUUAUGUAAAACAAUAAAUUCUUUUUUAAUGUUAAAUAUGGGCAAGCUGAAAUACUUUUGAUAAGCUUUCUGGCAUCACUGUGUUUUUCAGUAUAUAAUUAUACUUAUUGAUGGUGGUUUCAAUU